AUGACAUUUCCUCUACCACCAGCUCAACUAGUGUCACUUAGAAAUAGUUGUUUCAUUUGUCCUGAAAUAGACUGUAAUACCCGGGCAAAACUUGAGGAAGCAUCAUCUCAGAUUCCACAACCUAUAAUGCCUAGCCGCAACAUUAGACUGAAACAUAAGGAUAUAAAUGAAAUUAUUCCUCACUGCACGAACAUCAUUGUAUUUACGGUGGCUGAUAAUCUCCAUGCUUCACAUCAACCAAAAUUGGCAGCAGAAACGAUCAAAAUCUUGCAACCUUUGGUUACAAUUUCUGCAGGUUACAACCGUAAUAUCAGUAGCAACCUCAGACUUAAAUCGGAAGAGAAUUUGACUGAACAAGCCUCGUUGGCAUCUUUGAAAUUUCUCAAAAAUGCUUUUGAUUUGCUAAAGAGUGCUUUAGAAAAAUCUAGAGACUCUCUACCUAAGUACCUAUAG